AUGAGGAAGCCGAAGCUAUCGAAACUCGAGCGGUUGGAGAAAUUCGACAUGUUCGUCUCUCUCAGCAAGCAGAGAUCGGUUCAGAUACUAAUGGCUGUUGGGUUACUCUACAUGCUCCUCAUCACAUUCGAAAUCCCACUCGUCUUCAAAACCGGUCUCAGCACCUUAUCUCAGGACCCGUUAACCCGACCCGAGAAGCACAACAGCCAGCGAGAGCUACAAGAGCGACGAGCUCCGAGCCGGCCCUUAAAGAGCUUGCUUUUCCAGGAAUCGGAAUCGGAAGCACCGACCCAGGGACGACGAAGAAGGACGACCCGGAUCCUCUCUAGCUUGAAAUUCGACCCGGAAACAUUCAACCCGAGUAGCAAAGACGGGUCGGUGGAGCUCCACAAAUCCGCCAAAGUAGCUUGGGAAGUUGGUCGAAAGCUAUGGGAAGAGCUUGAGUCUGGCAAAACCUUAAAAGCAUUGGAGAAGGAGAAGAAGAGUGAGGAACAUGGGUCAAGCAGCUCAUGCCCUCUCUCGGUUUCCUUAACCGGGUCUGAUCUUUCGAACCGUGGUAACCUCAUGGAGCUUCAAUGCGGGUUAACUCUGGGAUCGCACAUUACAGUGGUUGGGAAGCCACGAGGUGCUCACUCGGAGAAGGACCCGAAGAUAUCGAUGUUGAAACAAGGAGACGAAGCUGUGAAGGUUUCACAGUUCAAGCUCGAGCUUCAGGGCUUGAAAGCAGUGGAAGGGGAAGAUCCACCUCGGAUCCUCCAUUUGAAUCCAAGGCUUAAAGGUGAUUGGAGUGGUAAGCCUGUGAUUGAGCACAACACUUGUUAUAGAAUGCAAUGGGGCUCUGCUCAAAGGUGUGAAGGAUGGAGAUCUAGAGACGAUGAAGAAACCGUUGAUGGUCAGGUGAAGUGUGAGAAAUGGGCUCGAGAUGAUAGCGUUACGUCUGAGGCAGAGUCUAGCAAGGCGGCGACAUGGUGGCUUAGUCGGUUGAUAGGACGGAGCAAGAAAGUGACUGUUGAGUGGCCGUUUCCGUUCACAGUUGAUAAGCUUUUCGUGCUUACACUUAGUGCUGGAUUGGAAGGUUACCAUGUUAGUGUCGAUGGGAAGCACAUCACUUCCUUCCCUUAUCGAACUGGAUUCACGCUUGAGGAUGCUACAGGCUUGACUAUAAACGGGGACAUAGAUGUUCAUUCGGUUUUCGCUGGCUCUCUCCCGACAUCACACCCUAGUUUUUCUCCUGAGAGGUAUCUUGAGCUCUCAAGCAAUUGGCAAGCUCCAUCGCUUGCUAAUGAGCAAGUUGAGAUGUUCAUUGGGAUCCUUUCUGCUGGUAACCAUUUUGCUGAGAGAAUGGCUGUGAGGAAGUCGUGGAUGCAACAUAAACUAGUUAAAUCUUCUAAAGUGGUUGCUCGCUUCUUUGUUGCACUGCACUCGAGGAAGGAAGUGAAUGUAGAGCUGAAGAAGGAAGCUGAAUUCUUUGGGGACGUAGUUAUAGUUCCUUACAUGGAUAGUUACGACUUGGUUGUCCUUAAAACCGUUGCAAUCUGCGAGUAUGGGGCUCAUCAGCUUGCUGCUAAGUACAUAAUGAAGUGCGAUGAUGAUACAUUUGUACAAGUAGAUGCGGUUCUUAGUGAAGCCAAGAGAACACCUGCAGAUAGGAGUCUAUACAUUGGCAACAUCAACUAUUAUCACAAACCUCUCCGCCAGGGUAAAUGGGCAGUUACAUAUGAGGAAUGGCCAGAGGAAGAUUAUCCACCUUAUGCUAAUGGUCCGGGAUACAUCUUAUCAAGCGACAUCUCUCGCUUCAUUGUAAAAGAGUUUGAGCAACACAAAUUAAGGAUGUUCAAGAUGGAAGAUGUGAGCGUGGGGAUGUGGGUGGAACAAUUUAACAAUGGUACAAAACCGGUGGAAUACAUUCACAGCAUCAAGUAUUGUCAGUUUGGUUGCAUAGAGAAUUACUUGACGGCGCAUUACCAGUCGCCGAGACAGAUGAUUUGCUUGUGGGAUAAGUUGGUUUUGACAGGAAAACCUCAGUGCUGCAACAUGAGAUGA